AUGGAUGAACUACAAAAUUUAGUGGAAAAAAUAAAAAAGUAUAUUCAAAAUGUAGAUAAUAAAAUUAAAAAUGGUGAUAUAAGAAAAAAUAUAGAAAAGUUUCUUUUAAAUAAUAGAACAGAGAAAGGGCAAUUUAAUGAUAUGAUAUCCUUAAUACAGUAUUCCCUUAAGUAUAAAGAUGUAUGUAAUUGGCCUAAUUACAACGAUUUAUUUAUCAUAAAUUAUAAUAUAAAUAAUAAUUUCAAAUCAAUUAUACAAAAAAAUGAGAAUUUUCUUCGUCAAUACAAAAAUCAUACGUCUAAUGAGCACGAAGAAAGUAUAACCACAGAAAGUAACAAAAAAAACGGUGGGGAAACAACAAGCCCAAUUAACAUUGAUAAAAAUAUAUCCUUAACUAAGGAUAAUGAAAUACAUAAUAAAGUUAGUGAAAAUAACCAGGAUCAUAUUGCUGGUAAGGGCAAUAAUAGUAUGGAUCGAAAUUUAGUGAACAAAAUUAAACUCAAUCCCAAGGGAGUUAAUACAAAUCCAAAAGAAAACAACGUUAAUAUACAUUAUAAUGAUGAUAUAACUCUAUUUAAUAAACUAAAAUUACAAAUAUUUAUGUAUUUUAUACGAAAUAAUUAUAAAGUAAAACUAUUAAUCGAUUCAUUAUCAGCAAUGAAUCAUCCAAUAAAUAUAAUAUAUAUAAAUUGCCCAAAUAAUAAAUAUCAAAAAAAAAACAUUUUCCAAAAAAUUAGUGACUUAUUUCUGUCUGAUUAUAAAGUUAAUGAUAAACUUGUUAGCAGUAAAUAUAAUUAUCAAAAAAAUAAUUGCUCAUGCUCUGAAUUAUCAUCAACUCCCUUAAGUAAUAAUAAUUAUGCAUAUAAACAACAAAAAAAUUCGUCCAAUUAUACGGGCGGUUAUAAUCCUAUAAGUAACACUGUAUGGCUUUGUGCAAAUAAUAUUACUAAUUUAUAUAAAUUAAAAUAUAUAUUAACACAUGAACUUAUUCAUGCCUUUGAUUUUGCUAGAGCAAAUAUCGACAUGUAUAAUUGCCAUCAUAUUGCUUGCUCAGAAAUAAGAGCUUACAACAUGAGCAAUCAAUGUGGCUACUUUAAUAGUAAACAUUUUUUACCCAAUCAGGAUGUUUUUAAUAAUUUUAAAGCGCCGUCAAUUAAUGAUACUGCAAAAAAUAAAUGUAUAUAUAAUAAUACAUACACAUCAUUAUAUCAAUAUAAGCCUUGUGCUAAUAAUACUCAUAAAUAUAUAAAUGAUGUUUUUGAAAAAUGUAUACAUGAUUAUUGGCCAUUCAUGUGUGCACCGGAACAAGACAGUAAAUAUAAGCCAUCCAAAACGUAA